GGCUAAGUUCCUACCUCAACUUAACUAACAGCCUCUGUUUUUUUUCUUUACUCAUUUAACAAAUGAUUCUAUCGAACCAACACUUUUGUUCUUUUCCUCAGCUUAUUUACUUCUCAAGAUUCAACUUCCACGUAGUAGUAAUAUUAACUAACCGAUCAUACAGGCAAAACCCAACUAGCUAAACCCCACCUUUACUUCUUUCUCCCUUUCAUUCUUUCUUUCUCUGAAACUAAUAUCUAGGGACAAGAGGAUCAAGACACACCCUUUUGGCUUUUGGGUGCGGCGUUGUCAUAAUAUGGUGGGCAUUUUUUCUAGAUUUUCUGUUGGCAGAUCAGCUGGCCAUCGUCGGACACAAAGUGCACUUGAUGAAAGGGAAGUGCUUCCCCCAAAUUCAGAGGCUAUAUGUGCUACUAUAACUGGAGCUCCCUCUGUUACGCCUAAUGGUAUUGAAAUUGCAGUCGAGUUCAAGCCAGUUGAACAACCAAUGGAGCCUCUCAAUAUUGAUCGACCAAUUCAAUGUCCAUUUCCAGAACCUUCAAUAUUGAAUGAUGGAAGAAUAUGGAAAGAGCGAGUCUCUGCUGUGCGAAUUAGAAAGCCUGAUAUUCCAGUUAUGAAGGAAGGAAGAACUACCGACUCUGAGGCAACUCGAACAAUACCUAGACCUCCCAUGAAUCGGGUUAUUCUUCCAUCAGUAAGUGCACCUGAACAUAGUCUGCUUAAACUACUGGAAGAAUCUGGGAUUUGUUGACGGAUUGUAAUACCAAAGAAAAUUGAUACUCUCAGCUCGCCUCUUUCGACAUAUCCUACUUGCUUUUUCAAUUAAAUGCUUGGUAUAGUGUAUUCCACAGGAAAAUACAAACACGGUUUCAUGUAGAUAUUUAUAAUAAUAUUAAAGGAAAUUUUUUGUGCAAUUUA